AUGGCUUCCCAAGCUCUUCCUCAUCACCAGACAGCUCUCAUGCCAUCUAUCCGGCCUAAGAAGAAACUCAAGGCACUUCAUUGGGAUAAGGUCGAUACUCCGCAGGUGACCGUGUGGGCAUCUCAUGCUCCUACUGCUCAAGCAAAGGAGGAGAAGUAUGUGGAGCUGGCGAAGAAGGGGGUCUUAGAUGAAGUCGAGAGACUGUUCAUGGCAAAAGAGACCAAGAUCUUCGGCAAGGGCGCGGGAGGCAAACAGCGUACGGAUAAGAAACAACUCAUCUCCAACGAGCUGUCCAAGACUUUCCAGAUUGCUAUGGCCAAGUUCUCUCAGUUCCCUGCGGACGAUGUUGUACGGAUGAUUAUCCAUUGCGACACGGAGAUUCUCGACAACCUGGUCGUCAUGGAUUUCUUACAGAGGGAUGAAAUGUGCACCAUACCCGAGAAUAUCUCAAAGUCUAUGGCGCCAUACAGUAGAGACUGGACCGGUCCAGAUGCUGCCAGCGCCGAGCGGGAGCAGGAUCCAACUGAGCUCACGCGCGAAGACCAGAUCUACCUUUAUACCGCGUUCGAGCUACACCAUUAUUGGAAGGCAAGAAUGCGUGCUCUUGCGUUGACACGCUCGUAUGAGCCAGACUAUGAGCAUAUCUCCGCCAAACUGCAGCAAGUCGUGCAGGUCAGCGAGUCUCUGAGAGACUCCGUGGCCCUAAUGAAUGUUCUUGGCUUGAUCUUGGACAUUGGUAAUUUCAUGAACGAUGCCAAUAAGCAAGCUCAAGGUUUCAAACUGAGCUCCCUCGCACGCCUCGGUAUGGUGAAGGAUGAUAAGAACGAGACUACAUUUGCCGAUCUGGUGGAGCGAAUCGUUCGAAACCAGUAUCCCGAGUGGGAGGGCUUUGUGGAUGAGAUCAACGGCGUUGUCGCCAUUCAGAAGCUCAACGUCGACCAACUGCGCACGGAUGCUAAGAAGUACAUAGACAACAUUAAGAACGUCCAAGCCAGCUUGGACGCUGGCAAUCUCAGUGAUCCGAAGAAAUUCCAUCCUCAGGAUCGGGUCAGUCAAAUCGUUCAAAGAAGCAUGAAGGAUGCUCGUCGCAAGGCCGAGCAGAUGCAACUUUACCUGGACGAGAUGGUCAAGAGCUAUGAUGAUAUCAUGGUGUUCUACGGCGAGGAUAACACGGAUGAAGGCGCCAGGCGGGACUUCUUCGCCAAGUUGGCUACAUUCUUGCUGGAGUGGAGGAAAUCCAAGGAGAAGAACAUCAGCCUGGAAGAAAACCGGAAACGCAUCGAAGCAUCUCUGUCUCGCAAGCGGGUUAAUGCAGGUCUGGCAAACGGCGCCGGUACAGCUACAGAAGGGCCACAGUCCCCCGCCACGAGCGGUGCUAUGGAUUCACUUUUGGAGAAGCUGCGUGCGGCGGCUCCUCAGGCCAGGGAUCAGCGCGAUCGUCGGCGUCGCGCCCGUUUGAAGGAGAGACAUCAGGUCCGCGUGGCUUCGGGACAGAAAAUGCCAGAACCCGCUGGGUCUGAAGGCGCAGAAGCCGGACAGAUUGAAGAGACUGGCAGCAAUGAAACGAGCAACGCGGGUGCAGUCGAUGCCAACUCGGCCAACACGGGUCUUCUGAGUCCUCCGGCUUUGGAGUCCGAAGCUCCUGAGACAUCGAGCCAAGAUGCUCAGCAUGUGUCAGAAAGCGAAGACGUUGCGGACCGGGCUGCAAGCAUGCUGCAGGGUCUACGGGACAAUGUUGAUGGUGAGCGUCAAAGAAGAAGACGUGAGACAGCCGAGGAAGAGCGGCGUAAACGCAGGCUGCGGAGACGCAACGGUGCCUCUGGUACCAGCAAAGACAGCGCCGAUGGCUCGGUGGUAGCCUCUGCGUCCGAACCACUUUCCCCUCCCAAGACAGAUCCGAUUGAACCGGAUGAUGUGAGUAUCGCCAGUCCUCGAGACGGAGAUGACACAGCUCCUCGAACACCCUUGACGCCAUCUAUUGUGGUAUCGCCAACCGCCGACCAAAAGCUACAGUUACCUGGCGAUGACGAGCCCAGUGAAGGUUCUCCCUAA